AUGUUCUUCAAUUCUCAUAGGACUACAUCACUAGCCGUUUCGAUCUUUGGCGCAGUGUUCAAUUUCGCUCUUGCAGUACGACUACUAGGAGCUUGGCGGUCAUUCAAAUGGGAACCAGAAAGCGAAUGGGAGAGUUCUGAGUAUUCCAUCAGUAAAGAUGGAGUGCAUCUCGUAUGGGCGUUAUUGUGCGCAUAUUUUGUUGCGGCAUCUGUCAUCUGUCUCUUCGGCCUGGCAGGCAUUGUCCGAGGCAAAGCGUCAUUUGUCCGCAUAUAUCGUGACUACAUUGUCGGAGAUUUCGUGUUUGGCACCUUGUUUGCAGCCAUAGGCUCUUACGCUGCUUUUCGACCAUCAGUUCGCUCUAGUAUUUGCGAAUUGUUGUCACGCCAGCCAGACACUCUUCGGGACUUCAUCGACUUGGGGCUGACUUUGGAGAACUGUGAACCAUGGUUUGAGCGGGGAGUAUUCGUGUUCAUGAUUGUUUUGAUGGUCAUCACCGUCAUUCGCCUUCACUUCGUGUUGGCUUUAUCCAGUUACUACACCAUUCUUAUCAGUCAUCAAGGCUUCCAUUUGUCAUCCCACACACCUCACUAUGAGCGGAUAUAUAUCCUACCAGUCCAUUCAAUGGCAAACAAAGCGCGCUGCACAUCCGACGUCGACCUACGAUUUGUAGACGCUCCCGUUUACGCUCCAGUCCCGCUCACGCAUGUUUCUUCGCAAGUCGCGGAGGAAUUGCUUGCAAAUGCCACCGAAGCAUGGGUUUCUCGAUCACACUCAGCCCAACAUGUACGACCGCCCAGCCUCUCGCUGGCACGUCAUCAGUCUGUGGACCUCGGUUCGGGAGCAGGUCAGAUUGCUGACUUGAUUUCGCUGGGAAACGAAAAGGCAUGA